UCUGGGUUCUCAAAAAAUCUCCUCAUUUUUGGUUCGGCGGAGGCCUCUCAGCUCAGUCUUCAAUGGCGGAAGAGCUUCAGUUCGCGUCUCGUACGGACAACAAGCGGAAGUACGAAGACCAAACGCCUCCACCUUCAUCCGCUCCUCGUCGUCCUACUGGAUUCUCAGCACCGAUCGCUUCACCAUCACCAGAUUCAACUCACUCUCAUCCUCCUUCGUACAACUGCGUACCUCCACCUGUCGAUGAGAUCCAGCUUGCCAAGCAGCGAGCCCAGGAGAUCGCAGCUCGUCUCUUCAGCAACGCUGAAGCGAAACGUCCUCGCGUCGAAAAUGGUGCCGGCACAGAUGGUACGAAUGAUAAGGGAUUUAGCUCCGGUCCAACAGAUAUUGGACAGAAGCCUCCUGGUUAUCAAAUUACGAAUUCCCAAGUUGGUAUAGCACCUUCUUUAGCGAUGAAUGCAACUUAUGGUUUCCAGGGUACAAGCAAAAAGAUUGAUAUUCCCAAUGGGAGGGUUGGAGUUAUUAUCGGUAAAGGUGGAGAAACAAUCAAAUAUCUUCAGCUUCAGUCGGGCGCAAAGAUUCAAGUGACAAGGGAUAUGGAUGCGGAUCCUAAUUCUCUGACUAGAAUGGUCGAACUCAUGGGUACUCCAGAGCAAAUAAACAAGGCAGAACAGCUAAUCAAUGAUGUUCUAGCCGAGGCUGAAGCUGGGGGUUCUGGCAUUGUAUCUCGAAGAGUAACAGGGCAACCUGGAACUGAGCAAUUUAUAAUGAAAGUCCCAAACAACAAGGUUGGUUUGAUCAUUGGUAAGGGAGGUGAGACAAUAAAAAAUAUGCAAGCUAGGUCAGGAGCUCGCAUUCAGCUGAUACCUUUGCAUCUGCCUCCGGGUGAUACAUCAACAGAAAGAACUGUACAGAUAGAGGGCACCAAUGAACAAAUUGAAGCUGCAAAACAAUUGGUUAAUGAAGUCACCAGUGAGAAUCGUGUUAGAAAUCCUCCAAUGGCUGGGGGAUAUCCUCAGCAAGGUUACAGGCCUCCACGACCUCCAAUGAGUUGGGGUCCACCUGGUGCACCACCAAUGCAGCAACCCGGCUAUGGCUAUAUGCAGCCUGGAGCUUAUCCAGGGCCACCAACUCAGUACAACAUGUCUCAGCCGUCUUAUGCUGGCUAUCCACCUCAGCAAACAUCAGGAGGAUAUUCUUCUGGGUGGGAUCAAACACCAGUUCCAGCAAGUCAGCAAACUACUCAGGGUGGUGGAUAUGAUUACUACAAUCAACAACCUCCAGCACAGCAGCAACAACAGCAAACUCAGGGAGGACCUUCGAAUCCUGCUGACAACUCUGGUUACAGUUAUGGUCAACCACCAAGUUCUGGUUACAAUCAUCAGGGGCCUUAUGGAGAUCCAAAUUAUGCUAACCCACCUGUCGGGCAACAAGGCUAUCCUCAGGAUGGUUAUGGUGGUGGUUAUCACACACCAGCACCUCAACCAGGAUAUGUUCAGCCACAAUCAAAUCCACAGCCGGGAUAUGACCAGCAACAAAGCUAUACUUCUGCACCCACCUAUGGGGCUGUGGGUGGCCCAGCACAAGAUGGACCUCCAGCAUCUUAUGGAGCACAAGGGGGCGCUACUCAAGUUCCUGCAACACCACAAAUCCCUCCACCUGUUCAACCUUCGGCUGCUUCCCAGCAGGGAUAUGCUGGUCAGCAGCCUAGCAACACGCCCUCAAGCUAUCCUCAAGGAGCAAGUCAGCCAAGUUAUGGAAUGCCUCCAACUUCACAACCAAGUUACGGAAGCCAACCACAGAGUGGCGGCUUUGGUCAAUCUGGACCACUUACCCAGCCAAGCUAUGGACCACCUCAGACCCUGAAGCCACCUCCUAGUCAACUGUAUGGACAGCCCCAGCAGCCUCCCAACACCCAGGGAACCUCCUAUGUUCAACCUGUAGCUGGUCAACCGGGUUAUUCUCAACAGCCUCCUACACAAUCGGGGUAUGCACAGCCAGACUCAAGCCACCAUCGGACUCAGCAACCCCCACCUUCAGGUUUUGGGUCAGGUGGUUUUCAGGCAAGCUACGGUCAACAGCCUUAUGGUGCACCAACUGCAGCCCAGCCUGGUUAUGGGCAGCAGCCUUAUAGCGAUUCCUAUAGUGGAGGUUAUUCUCAGCCUGCUUAUUCAUCUGACAAUGCUGCAGGAGGGAAUGUUCAUGGAGCGCAGGAUGCAGGUCCAGUUCCUCAGGCUGCUCAGCAGAGUGGGGUUGCACAAACCUCUCCUGAAAGUUGAAUUUUAGUACUGAGCUAAUUCGUUUUUUUUUUUUUUUGAAUUUUGUUAUAGAUUUAGUGUCUUGACUCCUAUUGGAUGUAUGUUCCUAGUUUAAGAUCAGGGAUAUUUCAGCACUUGCUAGUUUUGUUAGUUGGUUAA